AUGCACCUCUAUACCCCUCCGGCAGAGCUUCGGCGCGCCGCUCAGAACGUCCGUAUUCGUCAGGAGGAUCUGAUUCCGGUCGAAGAAAAGAAAGACUGCUGGUACCUUCCAUUUCAAACCAGACCCGAACUAUGUACGCUAGAACUCAUGACAUUUCUUAAUUUAUUCCUCGGAAUAAAGUAUAAUAACAUUUGCGAACGAGCGAAUGCCAAAGGCCUAGAUGUGCAGCUUGAUGGUCUGGACUUUCUUCUAAACCGAGGCACCUGGAAUCCUCUUAAUAAGGAGUUCAUCGCGGCCCUCACCUUACUAUACCCGCAAGAGUUACAAGCCCUCGCUCUCAGCACCACUCAAGGAACGCCUCGGUCAGAUGGACUAUCGAAUGACAAAGGAAUUGGCCCACACCCGCCAGUGAUAGGUGACACCACCUAA